UAUAAAAAUCAAUAUUCGAAUACUCUCUGGCUACGACUAACCAAAUCACACUCAUACGAGUUAGCAAGCAUCACAGUUCGUUCUUGGCCGUAGAGUGAAUCGCAUUGUUGCAAGAAAACCGAGAUUCGAUGAUGAUUGGACACCUCACAAACAACAUAAUGACGAUCGGAUAGUUUGGAUCGAAACCAGCAAAGCGUUACCACAAUAAUUUUUAUUUUUUAACUUUCCUUUCCAUCAAAUUAAACACGACUUGAAGCCAAUUUAAAUGAAGCCUACAUAAAGUGAUAUGAUACACUAUUUUUCUCUGUUAUUUAUACGUACUAACAAAACUCUCCUUUACAUACGGGAUGGUAAAUACAUUGAUUUAGGUGAAGCAGCCCCAGGACACCAAUUUUUCGUUUUCCCAUCGCUGAAUUCUUUACCGUCCACGAUCCAUGGAAUACGCAUAUACAACGCCACACUUUGGAUCAGACUCGAGCUAAAAGUUAAAAGCGUGGACACGGUUUGGGCUCCAUUUGGGAACAAAAAUCUUAUUCUUUGGAUUUUCCGACUGAUCAGUGGCUCAAAAAACGUACUAAAUGAUGAAGAGGAAUUUUCAAAACACACUGCAAUGGUAGCAAAGCACACAAUAUCUGUGGACAAACUGGGAUGGCAGGAAAUAGACAUAACCAACGCAGUACGAACAUGGCAUUCUGAGAAAACCAACGAUAGUUUACGUCUAUUCGUCGAUUGUUCAGGCUGUGGCAAUAAAAUCACCAUUCAUUUAUUUGACGAAAAUCAAAACAAAGCCAAGGAAUCUUUCCUCAAGGCACAGAAAAUAAACCCCAAGAAGAAGCCGGAAAGUUUUAUUGACUACAAUCGGCCCUAUUUGUUCGUGAGCCUAGCAACGAACCACGUGAAACGUCUCCGUCGACGUGCACUCGACUGUACCGGUGCACCAAACGAAGCGUGUUGCAAACAAAAAUUUUACGUCGACUUCAAAGCUCUCAAAUGGGAUGACUGGAUCAUACGGCCACAUGGAUACUAUGCGAACUACUGCAAAGGAAGCUGCCUUCUGCCAGACAAAUUUUCCGCCGAAUAUCAGUAUGUGGUUGACGAAUACCGAAGGCAAGGACAAGUGACUGGCAUCCACCAAUGUUGUGCACCUACAAAGUAUUCACCAAUGUCUCUCAUUUUCUACGGACCGGGUUCGCGUGUAAUCAAACAAGACCUUUCAAAGAUGAUUGUCGAAGAGUGUGGGUGUCCUUAG